AUGCCACAUCGGUUGAAGAAGUUGCACCGCCACUUCAAAGACAAGUACACGAAUGCACGAAAAUCCUCUGAGAAUACAACAAGUUGGAGAGAGGAGGCGUUUACAGAUUUCACACACUCUCGUCCAUCCGAUUGGAUCGUCUCUACACCGAGUGAGACGGAGAGCGGGGAAGCGCGUCGGAUAAGCAGAUUCCAAUUGCCUCCAGAGACGGAAGACUGGUCCAAGUCAAGACUAGUUCCAAACUUCCCCAGCGACGAAGAUGGCUAUCGAGGCUUUGGAUUGAUAUCCUCUAGGGACUCAGAACCUCAGGAUGACUACAAAGGGCUCGAUCAUAGGACCGCAAGGCGUGAAAAUGUGGAGCUAACUCCAACCCAGAUACUGCGACGAUGGACAACAAUCGUCAACUUGAGUGGCCUGAAACGGGAGGGUGAAAAGAUAACGGUCACUCCGGAGGCGGCAAACGAUACCGAGGCAUUGCACGCGGCAGCGCAUUACAUGACAGAAAAAUUCGGUCCGAGUGCAGGUACCUACGAAAAGUGGCGCCAGUGGUUCCUACCCGUCUGCCACCCUGUUCGACGAAGACAAAAUAUUUUGAAACGCUUCGAAAUCGAAUACCGCGUCAAUGUUCAAGAUUACGAACCGGCAAUGCGACCAAUAGCAAAGCUGAUAAGAAGGAACAUUCGACAACUUCUGCACAAGGAGUAUGCCCCACUCAACAAUAGGAUUUGGCACGAGAAAUUGGGCCAACUGCUCAUACAGCAGAGCAGAGUCGACUUAACUGACCACAUGAAAAAACUGGAGGAGCGUGAGAAGCAGAGACAGAUGGAGCUACUUCAAAAGGGCAUAAUCAAACAGGAUAUCUACGAUCAGAUCACUACAAAAAAGCCGAUUGUAAAGCACAAAGUUCGUCGACCCAAAUCCCCCAAAAGGGGCAGUCCGACAGCAACAAAUCUGUUAGCGCACCUUGAUUUGUUCAACAAUGAAGCAGUUGCGCCCAAUUUGGAUCAAUUGAAAGUUGCAGUAACAUCUCAACAAGCUGCAUUGAAAAAGAAUGAACUAACCUCCGACCGAGAUAUUGAAACAUCCAUCACACCCCAGUUGCUGCAAGAGUGGAAGGCCAUGUUUCCGAGUCGUACACCUAAGCACAAAAUUUUGAUUCCUCUGGAGAACAAAUUUCAACGCGAUUUAAGUUUACUCGAUGAACCGAUCGAGGCUGUCAAGGGUGAAGUGGCCUCCGAUGAACGACGCUGGGAGGAUUGGGUCACAAACGAGGAGGUCAGCUCGCAAGACAGUGGUCGAAUCCACGAGGAUCAACCCACACCUCCCACACCCACUGUAAGAUUAAAGUCUGUCAAAAAGUAA